UAAUUUUUAUCCAUACAGAGGCUAACUGCUUCAAAGCAGAAAAGCACAAUUCAACCAACAAAAAGGCCAAAAUCCCAUUUCUCCUUCUUCCUCUUUUGUGUGUCUCCUUCCUUUUCUUUGAAUUUCUUUCCUUUUUUAGUGUUCCUGCUACUAAUUUGGUGGUGAUGAAUGAUGAUUGUUGGUUGGUAGUGUGAGUUGAUGAGAGAGUUAACCGAAAAUCUCUUCUCAUUCUCCGUCUUCUUCCAGAUCUGGGCCAUGCGACGACCGUCAAUGACCACCAACGACUGCCCAAACCAUUGCGAUAAUCCUCAUCUUCUCCUUGAAAAUCCCUAAUUGCUGUUACUUAUCGUGAGACUGCGAUGAGCUUGAAGAUCUGUUACUUACCGUGAAACCGUGGACCCAUUGCUACCGGAUCUACAAAACCACUACUAAUCUUGUUUUAAAGCCAAAAUUAUUUCAAUAUAUAAGAUGGCUGAAAAAAAGUCAAAGGCACAGUGGGAUUCAAUGGCAACAAAAAUUUUCUGCGAGAUAUGUGUGGAAGGUCAAUGUUGGUAAUCGUCCCAAUAAUACUGUUAAUAAAUUAGGGUGGCGGAAUGUGGAAAAACAAUUUAAUGAAAGAACAAACAAGAAAUAUGUUUAUAAACAACUAAGAAAUCCGUGGGAUGCAUUAAAAAGUGAUUAGAUUUUGUGGAAUCAACUCUUAAGGUGACAAACAGGAUUAGGGUGGAAUCAUGAAAAAGGCACAAUUGAUGCUAUUCCUCAACAAUGGGCUGAAUUGAAAGCAGUUAGUUCUAUUCCUUUAUUGUUAAUGAUUUUGAGUUUUUGCAUGUUAUUUUGUUAAUUUUAACUUUAAACUUCUAAUAUGUUAUAUUUAUUAUAAGAGAACAAGUAAUAUGUGAAAUCGAGAUUUCAAACGAUUUUACGAAAAAAUCGCGCUUUUACGUUUUUAUCAUCCGAUUUUAUGAAAAUCCGAUUUUAAAGUCGAUUUUACUCGGCAUCCAUAACUAACAUCGUAAAAUCUUAAGAUUUUACGAUAUAAAACGCGAUUUUGACAACACUGAUGCUGGAGGCUGGACCAAAAGGCAAGGAUCAAGAACAAUGCAAUGUGCCGACUAGGGGCGAACUCACCGGCACCGGCGCGGAGCGGAGACCAGUGGGCGUGACGGAAGAACAGCGACAGCAAGCUUCGCCAGAGAAGAAACCAAAUCUACUACCGCAGAGGGAGAAGCAGAAAUGGGGAAAAAAGAAGAGGUGGGGGUGAUAUGAACUAGUAUAUUCGACAGCUAAAGCUGCCGAAUAUACAGAAAACGAUGUUGUUGCUUAACAUACUGGAGCCGGUUAUGUUGCCUUACAUAUUCGACAGGAAAUUUUUGACGAAUAAACACAUUCGUCAGAA